GCGCUGUCACUACUUCUGCAGUGGAGAAACAUGGCGGCUCCGACGAUAGGUGGGAGGUUGUACUCCCUUCUGUUCCGCAGAACCUCUACCUUUGCCCUUACCAUCGCCGUGGGCGCCCUGUUCUUCGAGCGCGCCUUCGAUCAAGGCGCGGACGCGAUCUACGAGAACAUCAACCAGGGGAAGCUGUGGAAACACAUCAAGCACAAGUAUGAGAACUAGUUCCUCGGAGGCUCCCAUCAAGGUCAGAUGGACCACGUCCACCCACCAGCUGUUUGCCCAGAGCCAAGGCUUCAGUUGGAGAUGAUGCUCACGUCACUGUCCAUGGACCAUCUUUAGCUGUUGUUAUGAAAUGGCUUCACCUGACAGACUCUUUAACUUCUGCUGUAUUUGAAGUAUGUGUAGUCAGAGACAUCAGCAAAUAAAUGUAAACCGUCCUUGAGACCUG